CUCUGGACUCUAGAUUUCUUCAAAUACUGGAUUGCCAAUAGCUGGUUCCAAUUCAAACAGCACCACCUGCUGGUGGACCUGACUGUCUACAGGAGUAGCUGGGAUUGUUGACUGGGUUGCUAAUAGUAACUGAGUUUUAAAGUGUUUCCUCCAAGCAUCCACUGCUGCACUGGGCAACAUAGCACGGUUUGCUGUAAAGCUGGGAAAAUGCCUUCAAAGAAAAAGAAGAUUGUGAAGAAAAAGAAGAAAACACUUACUGGGAAAGAGUCUAAAAAACCUUCGGAAAGUUAUAAUUGUCCUCUUGACUCCGUUGCACCAGAAAAUGUUCCUCCACCCAUCCCACUGGGGGAGAAGUUGCUCGCUUUUCUUCAAGAGUGGAAAGAAGAACAACAAGAGAUGGCUUGUGGAGAUUUAUCCUGCAAAAUCCAGCAGGAAUUGACACCCCAGGACAUCAGGGAUCUCAGGGUCGUGUUUAACAACUCCGACACAAAUAAAGUGGGGUAUCUUAAUGCAACCGAGGUUCAUUGGGCGCUCCGUACCCUUGGUUUUGGUGUCAAUCAGGAGGAACUGGGCACAACGCUGAGAAGUUUGGGGCCAUUAAAAAAAGAGAAUGUGAGUUUCCGUGAGUUCCUCCAGAUUGUUGUAGAGCAUCAGGGAGAAGCAAGAGAUACCCUUGAGGAGAUUAAACAGGGAUUUGAUCUCUUUGAUUGCGACAGUGAUGGGAAGAUCACUUUUGACAAUCUCAAGGAUGCCUGCAAGUCUGCUGGUGUCUACUUCUCCCACCAGGAAUUACGGGAGAUGAUCAGAGAAGUAGACACAGAUGGAGAUGGCACAGUGGACAUGGAAGAGUUUAUUGAUCUCAUGCUGCAAACAAGCCUGUUCUAACUGAUCACAUUCCCCUGGAUGUUUCCAAUCUGUAGGCACCUUCAUUCCUAAUCCAUAUCUCAAGUAUUUGAUUUUUCCAUCCUGGGAAAAGGUUCUGACUGUCUACCCUACCUUGUCUCAUAAUUGUAUAAACGUCUAUCAAAUCACCAACGCAACACCAACACAAAUCGAUAUACAAAAACCCACCAUCUCUGCAUCUGGUCCAGACCAUCUCUUUGUUGUGAAUUCACAGCCAACAUAGAAUACACAGAUAUAGAACAGUACAGCACAAGAACAGGCCCUUCAGCCCACAAUGUCCAUGCUGAAUAUGAUCCAAGUCAAACUAAUCUCCUCCGUCUGCACAUAAUAUUUUCCCUUUUAUUUUCAGAGAAAGAUCCAGUUCCCCUUCUUCCACUCAGCUGCUCAAGGUUUAGCUACAAGGGGUGUGUGCACAGGGAUGCCUGGCCUGUAUGACGUUUUGUCAUUGAGCACUUUGUGCUGUUUUGUGCCCUGUUAUUUUCUAUGAAUAUCACCUUGUAUAUCCCUUACAGUUUCCUAGUGCUCCAUCACUGGUGCUGAGCUUGUAGAUGACUCGUUUCUGCUGGUAGAAACAGUAUCAGAUUGAAAUGAAGGUCCUUCCCUCAUGAUCAUUGAAAGUUUGCCUCAGCAACCAAAGUCAGGAUUGCAUUUCUGAUUCACAAGGGCGGAUUGAAGUAUGUGAGGAGGUGCUUGUCAGAGUGGGACCAAAGGUGUCUGGGAAAAGGAUUGAAGAGUCUCUCAUCACAACUCUUCAAUCCUUUUGUCUCACACCUUCUGUCUUUUCAUCUCUAGACUUUAUCCAACGAUCUUUCUAUCAAGUAACCCUCCUCCCCUGUGUCUGCCUAUUACCUGCCAAGUUUUGUCCCGCCCCUUCUCUCUUCCAGCUUUCUUUCCUCCCCUCCACAAUCAAUCUGAAGAGUUCCAACCCUAUUGAUGUUCACCAGGGAUGCCGCCUGAUCCACUGAGCUACUACAGCACUCUGUGGAUGAUCAGCCAUGAUCAUAUUGAAUGGCGGUGCAGGCUCGAAGGGCCGAAUGGCCUACUCCUGCACCUAUUUUCUAUGUUUCUAUGUUUCUUUUGCAAUCUAGCAUCUGCAGUUCCUUGCUUCUACAUUCUCCAGAGACGCUGCCUGAUCCACUGAGUUACUCCAGCAUUUUGUGACUUUUUUCUGCCAGCCAAGUUCUGAAACCAGAUGGAUGCAUGCACACUAACCCACGACUGACUGUGCAUUUGUGCACAAGCGUGUGCGUGCAUGCGUGGUGGAGAUUAUGUGCUGGAGGGUAGGUGAGGCAUGUUUACUGGAAGAAUGUCUACAUCAUUCAGUUUGGAAGAAAACUUUUGACUUGCCAAGUGUAAAUUGAUAGUGACAAACCAUGUGACCUGUUCUAUGAUAUCCCGGAAAUCGGUGAAAUUAUCUGCUCAAAAGUGCACUCAUAGCUCCAGUCAUUUUUCAUCUAAUUUGGGUCACUUCUGAAUCUUUAAGAGGUCUUGGAUAGGGAUUACUAUUAACAAUGUUAACACUCCACAGCAUAGGCUUUAAGGUGAGAGGAGCAAAGUUUAAAAAAGAUGUGUGGGGCAAAUAUUUUACACAAAGGAUGAUGAGUGCCUGAAACACGCUGCCAGAGGUGAUGGUGGAGGCAUGUACGAUAGUAGUGUUUAAGAGGCUUUUCAAUAGGCAUGUGGAUAUUCAGGGAUUGCAGGGAUAUGGGUUGGUGGUCUUAACAUCAUGUUCGGCCAAGACAUUGUAGGCUGAAUGGCCUGUUCCUAUGCUGUACUGUUCAAUGUUCUUCAUUAUCAUUUGAAGAAAGGGACCUUCAUCCAAACACAAAGGGACUAGAUGGUUAUGUGGGUCCUGGACGGGAAUACCACUGGGGUAAUGCAGGUCGAGGAGACCAAAUAAAUACUCCUAUUUGCUAAGUUAUUUGAUGCCGGCAGCAUUUCUAUGCUCAUUAGUUCUUGUAAUAAUAUUGUCAUGGGUUUCAAAUGUGGUAAUUGGUAGAAGAUGGUAGGGCAUGUUGGGUCAGGAAUUGUGCCUGAAAUGUUCCAUUGAAUUCCGAAAUGUGGCCUUAAGACGAAAGAGAGAGAAAAAAAGAAGCGUUCAAUCAGCAGUUUCUGCGUCCCCAUUGGUGAAGCAAAAUCCUUGCAUUUGUCACAACACACUGCGUUCCCAGGUACCCUGAUGUCCACCUCGAGAGCAGCAUUGGCAGAGGCUUUGGAGCUGAGCUCAAUGCAGCUUUCUUGGCCAGAGAGAGUCUGAAUAGGGGAAAAAUAAUAAAAUACUGUUGACUUGAUGCUCGCUGUUUCAUGCUGAAUUGAACAGAAAGCAGUCUCAUUAACUUGCUAUUGCUUGUGGCUUCUUGGCAGCAGCACUGAACCUGGUGCACAGUUGUGAAAGUGGAAUUGGCAACUCUAACACUGUUCUCUAUUCCCACCUCAACUCACCACUGGAUGGCAGCAACAUUUUAUCUUGUUGUUAACUCUGAUUCCAUACUGUGUACAAUGAUACAACCAAUGGUACUGUACAGAAGUAAUAACCUCUCCGGCUAAUUGGGGAUGAUUUGGGGUUGUAAUAUUACGCCAAUCAGUCUGCUGCUUCACAGACGUAAUGCAUUUGUUUAGUUUCAGUUUAGUUUAGAGAUACAGCGAAGGAAACAGGCUCCUCGAUCCCCGCACAUUAACACUAUCCUACACACACUCAGGACAAUUUACAUUUAUACCAAGCCAAUCAAUCUACAAACCUGUUCAUCUUUGGAGUGUGGGAGGAAACCGAAGAUCUCGGAGAAAACUCAUGCAGGAGAAGGGGAGAACGUACAAACUCCAUGUAUUUCAACUGAUGGGUCAUCCAGAGCUUUGAGUUACUUCUUUACAAAAAGUUAUCACCAGUUGUUUAAAUCACACAAUUAAAUAAUUACGAUAAUAUUUUU